AUGACUAAAAUCUGUUUAUUUAACAAAUACAAACUUCAAAUUAAACAAGCUUUAGAUGGAAAUUUCAUUGUACUUUAUCAACCUGCUCCAAAUUCAUUUAUUAUCAUACAAAAAAAUGAAGGAAUUACACAUAAUAAAAGUGAUCAUAAUAUUCAUCAAGAAAGUGAUCAUCAUGAUAACUUAAAUUCUUCUAGUAUAAAUAUAAAUGAUUGUCAAUCAAAAUCUCAUUCACGUCGUCAACGACGACAACGAUUUCGUGUAGUUAUUGGACCACAAUUAUGUAAUUGUCAAAAUGGAAUUAUGCAUGAAACAGGAAUGACUAUUAAGUUAAUUGAACCAUGUGUUCAUUUAUUGUUUGUUAUGUUGCAUGUUCUUAAAAUACCGAUUGAUGAUCCACAUUUAACAGCAAUACCUUUACCUAGUUCAAAAGCUGAAUUUUGGAUUGAAAAGUAUCGCAAUCAUCGUCAUUCAUUAGUCCAGUCCUACACUAAAAAUAGAAGAAACUCAAAUACAUUGAAAAAUGAAGGAAAUCAACCGGAAACACUUAAGUUGCCAGAAAAACUAAUCAACUCUGAAAUAUCAAACACACGCCUAAUCAUUCCUCAGCCCAUUCGUCAUGAAAAGACAAAUAACUUUCUUCAUUUACGUGCUAUUAUGAAUCCAAGUGCCCAUGAUUCUAGUGAAUUGUCAUCGAUCACACAAGACAUUGUUCCUGUAUCUAGAAGAGAGACUGAAAGUGCAGGAACAUGUGACCCAAGUACUUCAUAUACAGCAGCAACCUCAAGGACAAGUUCCAUCGACAGUAUAGAAAGCUGUAAAUUAGACUCAUCCUGUCGAUCAAAUGACCAACAUUGCCGUCCCCGCCAUCAAACUACAUUUUCGUGCUCCUCUAGCUCGGAAACGGGUUUGUCCUGUCGACGGCCUCAAACUGCGCCUCAGCCUGAACUUCCACCCAGACUAGGUCGAACAAGAGCCAAGUUUGUCAGGCAUUCUGCUUCAUCAACAACAUUUCGUCCAGUAAGAGAUUGUAGUCCUUUAAUUCUUCGUGAAGGAUGCUUAACACCAAUUGAAUCGGAAGAGAAUAGCACCAAUAAUAGCCUGAAAUAUCGGACUCCUAUGAAAUCAACAAAUAAAAAUACUACUGCUAUCACCACUACGGUUUAUACAGAUAAUUAUGAUAAAUUACAGGAACCACUAAUUAAUACAAUACCUGCGAUUACAAAUAAACUCAGUCACUCAACAACUACCGCAGAUUUACUUCAUGGUCCUACACCCAGAUCAAAUUUCACUCAUGCAAGACGAUCAUCAUUUAAACCAACUACCUCAAUGAAACAAAAAUUUUUUGUCUCAUAAUACUCCAAUUAAUCUGCCAUUGAUCACUAAUAAUCAAACAUCCACAACUGUAAAUCAC